AUGGCUGCAAAUGUCGAACAUACUGCUAGAGGAACCGAUCCGCCAGCUCCUCUGACAAUACCUCAGUGGAAGGCUGCCCAGGUCACAGCAGGGGGCCUCGAACGGCUUUUGUCUAUCGUCAAGUCUGAGAGAGAAGCGAACUCUACUACUCAUGCCUGGAUCUCGUUAGCAACCUCAGAGCAAAUCAAAUCGCAGUGGACGAACCUCGAAACACUUGGUCCACAGCCCACAUCACUUCCCUUAUACGGCGUUCCGUUUGCUGUAAAAGACAACAUUGACGCUGAAGGUUUCGUUACAACGGCAGCAUGUCCAAAAUUUCAUUCGACCCCAGCCGUCUCAGAUGCAACGGUUGUCGCCAAACUCAAAGCAGCUGGCGCAAUCCUGAUUGGCAAAACGAAUCUUGACCAGUUCGCUACUGGACUUGUCGGAACCCGGUCACCUUAUGGUACUGUUCCAAACUCGUUCGAUCCAACCCGGGUCAGUGGUGGUUCUAGUUCUGGCAGUGCCGUCGUUGUUGCUCGUGGCAUUGUGCCCUUUUCACUUGGCACCGACACAGCUGGUUCCGGUCGAGUCCCAGCUGGAUUAAACAACAUCGUGGGCUUAAAACCAACUCGGGGUGCGAUAAGUACCCACGGGGUUCUUCCUGCUUGCAGGACUCUUGAUUGUAUCUCCAUCUUCAGUCUCAAUGUCGCUGAUGGGGAAACCAUACUGUCCAUUGCCGAAGGGCAUGAUACCAGCGAUGUAUACUCGAGAUCCCGCCCUAAUCCGAGUAGUACCUCAUUACAUGGAUUUGGAGGCUCGGCUAAUUCACUAAAGCCACAGUUGGCGAUUUGUGAUUCUCCGAACUGGUUCAAUCAUGAUGAUCAACAUACAGCAUACGAAAAGUCUCUGUCCAAAGCAGAAGCUCUAGGCUGGUCCCUUAUCCCGAUUGACUUCGAGUUCCUGUUCCAACUUGCACGGUUGCUGUAUGACGGCCCGUGGGUUGCCGAGAGAUACGAAGCCAUUCGCGACUUUAUAGAGGCGUGCUCUCCAGAAGACAUGGACCCUGUUGUGCGAAACAUCAUUGUCAGAGCUAAAUCUCUUUCCGCGGCGGAUGUUUUCCGAGGUGAAUACCUCCGUAAAGAACUUACACAUAAAGUUGAACGCGCAUUCGCCGAUUUCGACGGUCUGCUUGUGCCAACUUCCCCAACAUUUCCCACUCUGGACGAAGUCCAUAAGAGCCCAGUGGAAGAGAACUCCAUCCUGGGUACAUAUACCAACUUUGUCAACUUCCUCGACUGGUCUGCACUCGCCAUCCCUGCUGGAUUUCGAUCGGACGAGCUUCCGUUUGGUGUGACUCUCAUUUCGAAUCGUUGGAAGGAGCAUUGCCUUUUUUCUUGGGCAAGGGUGUGGUUAGGUGACGAGAAAAGAUACUUGGGCGCAACUGGUGUUACAGCCCAGGAACCUCAGACCCUGGUACCUUCAGCUUGCCUAGACCUCAUUCCUCUGGCCACCUUUGGUUCUCGGCUCUCUAGCUCUCCGCUCAACAAAGGUCUUGUAUCGUGUGGUGGCAAGUUUUGGAAGAGGGGGAGAACUUCCUCUUCAUAUCGCCUUUAUGAAUUGAGUACGCCGCAAGGCGCGAAGGAGCUUGGGUUGAAACGAGUGGCCGCCAACGAUUGUGUAGAGAUAGAGAUUGAAAUCUGGCAUCUCCCCAAAUCUUCCCUCAUUGACUUCAUUUUGAGGAUUCCCUAUCCUCUUGCGUUCGGUUCGAUCGAGCUCAGCGAUGGAUUUUGGGUUUGGGGUUUCGUUUUGGAGCCUUGUGGCGUUGACAGCGCUAUCGAUAUUAUCAAACAUGACAACUGGAGCGCAAGUCAUGUAUCAUCGGAGAAGCAGGUAAAGUCGUUUUCGUUAUCGGAUGCCAUCCCAAAUCGUUCUAUCUCGACAAUCCUCGUCGCCAAUCGUGGUGAGAUUGCGGUCCGAAUUAUCAAGACGAUACACAGUAUGGGUCUUCGGGCUGUUGCCAUCUACUCUGAUUCGGAUGCGGAUGCUGCCCACGUUAGCAAAGCUCAUCUUGCUCUUAAGCUUCAUGGAUCUUCGGUCUCUGACACGUACCUAAAUAUGGAACAAAUAAUGGAGCUGGCUGCACAGUCCUCUGUCGAUGCCAUUAUCCCGGGCUAUGGCUUCCUCUCUGAAAAUGCAGAGUUUGCUGCCGCUGUUGAAGAUAGAGGCAUGAUCUGGAUUGGUCCAACCCCACAGCAGAUGGCUGACCUUGGGCUCAAGCAUCUCGCUCGUUCAAUUGCAGCCAAGGCUGGUGUUCCCGUCAUUCCCGGUUGUGAGAAAUUGCUCAACUCCCUCCAAGAAGCCAUUCUGGAAAGUAACAAGAUUGGGUUUCCACUCAUGCUGAAGAGUACUGCUGGAGGUGGUGGUAUCGGUCUGAGUUACUGUGAAGACGUUGAGAGUCUAUCAGCAACAUUUGAGAGCGUCCAACGGCAAGCUGUUGCAAACUUCGGUAACAGAGGUGUAUUUCUUGAACGAUAUAUCGCGCGAGCGCGGCAUGUUGAAGUCCAAAUUAUCGGGGACGGCACUGGUCGUGUCAUCUCAGCAGGCGAACGAGAUUGCUCGUUACAACGCCGACACCAGAAGGUUAUCGAGGAGAGCUCUGUGAGUUUCAUUCAGAACAAUGUCUUAUUGGAGAUGAGGGAAUCUGCCAUUCGUCUUGCGUCUUCAGUCAAGUAUCGAAACGUUGGUACAGUCGAGUUCAUAUAUGACCUUGGAACGAAUCAGUAUCAUUUUCUGGAAGUCAACACUCGAUUGCAGGUCGAACAUCCUGUGACCGAAUUGGUAACUGGCUUAGAUGUAGUUGAAUGCAUGAUCAACAUUGCAAAUGGGAAUGCAACUCAGCUGUUCGAAACAAGCUUUCCGACCACAGGAGCGUCUAUCGAGGUCCGUGUAUACGCCGAGAGCCCUCUUCAAAACUUCCGGCCUUGCUCCGGUUGUAUCACAGCGCUCGAGUUUCCCCCUAGCCUUCGGGUCGAUACUUGGGUCAAAGUUGGCACUGAGGUCACCACCUCCUUUGAUCCAUUGAUAGCGAAGCUUAUCUCGUUCGGUUCAGACCGUGACGAAGCUACUGAUAACAUGCUCAACGGUCUCGCAGCUACUCGUAUAGAAGGUGUCCAAACCAACCUUGAGUAUCUGUAUCAAGUCGUGUCAUCUUCAAUGUUCAGAUCCGGUCAGUACACCACCAAGUCUCUAGAUACGUUCUGGUUCAGGUCCCCCUCUCUCGAAGUCCUCGAGCCAGGUGCCUUGGCCACAAUUCAGGACUACCCUGGUCGUACCGGGUAUUGGAAUAUUGGUGUUCCUCCUAGUGGCCCAAUGGAUUCCGUCGCGUUUCGACUAGCAAAUCGAGUAGUGGGCAAUCCUCCCAGCGCUGCCGGCCUCGAAUGCACUCUCAAAGGACCGACUCUCAAGUUCCAUUGCGAUACUGUCGUUACUGUUUCUGGUGGUGUUUCUCCUGUUACAGUCGACGGCGAACCCGUUCCUCAGAACCAAGCCCUGUGUAUCGAUGCAUAUCAGAUUCUGAGUAUAGGGACGAUCGAGAAGGGCCAUCGUGUGUAUCUUGCGAUCCGGGGAGGAAUCGAGGUCCCAGUUGUGAUGGGCAGUCGAUCAACUUUUGAAUUGGGUAAACUGGGGGGAUUUGAGGGCCGCAAACUUCAGCAGCGUGACAUUCUUCCAAUUGGUGUUAACGAACGUCGGCAUUCCACGUCCCCAAUCCCCAUUUCAGCUUUGUCUGACCCUUCCAGGACGUGUGACCCACACAAACACCCUCGGAGGGUAUAUGAGAGGGAAGAAAAGCAGCCCGGCGCAACGGGCUCGUGGGCCACAAAAGGAUCUUGGGUUGUAAGAGUUAUCCCCGGUCCUCAUGGUUCUCCCGACUAUUUCUCACCAGAGAGUGCCAAGUUUCUGUACUUGAGCGAUUGGAAAGUCCACCACAACAGCAACCGUCUUGGUGUUCGUCUCACUGGUCCCCAGCCUGAAUGGUCACGCAAGACUGGCGGCAAGGCCGGCUUGCACCCUUCGAAUAUCCACGAUGCCCCUUACUCCAUCGGUAGUGUCAGCUUCACGGGAGACGAAGCUGUUAUCUUGGGUUGUGAUGGUCCCAGCCUCGGUGGCUUCGUGGUUUUUUGUGUUGUGUGUUCCGCAGACUUGUGGAAGAUAGGACAGGUUCGACCGGGUGAUACAAUUCGCUUCGUUCCUAUCGGAGUUGGAUUUGCUAUUGAGUUGAAGAAGCAACUUGACCAAGUCAUUGAGACUCUCUCCCCUCUUCCGAUCUUCGAAGGAGCGCUUCCUGAUGGAAACUCAGUGGCACAGAUAUUAGAAACCAUCCCGUAUGUCGUCGGUGUCAUUGAGCACGAUGGUGAAGUAAUAUCCGUUCGCCAAGCUGGAGAUCAUGCUUUCCUGUUGGAAUUUGGGAAUGGUUCGAUAUUCAAUCUUCGCCACAACUUUGCAAUCUUUGCUUUCUGCGAGAGUCAUCAGAAAGAGUCUAUCGCCGGGUUUGUAGAACUUACCCCAGGGAUCUUCAGUCUCCACGUUAUCUAUGAUCAAGGCCUUUCUCCAUCCCUCGUAUUAACGCGCCUUCGGGAGCGUAUAUGCUCGUAUAAAGCCUCAUCCAAGAUCUCUUCGAGGCAAAUACGCCUCCCUAUCGUUUUCGACGAUAGUGUCAACCGCGCAGCCAUCGAACGAUACACGGCGACGAUCCGAAGUGAUGCGCCCUGGCUUCCGAGCAACAUAGACUUCCUAGAGAGAUUGAAUGGUAUCAAGGACUUGAAUAAUGUCCUAACUGAUGCAGAGUUCAUUGUUCUCGGCCUCGGAGACGUGUUCAUGGGUUCCCCGUGCGCAAUUCCUCUGGACCCGCGCCACCGUUUGUUCGGAACAAAGUACAAUCCAUCGCGCUCUUUCACGCCUCGUGGCGCUGUGGGUGUCGGCGGGCAGUACAUGUGUAUCUAUGCCGCAGAUUCGCCUGGUGGUUAUCAGCUCGUCGGACGCACAGUCGAGACCUGGGAUUCCAGCAGCAACAAUUGGUUCUUCCGCCACUUCGAUCGUAUCUCCUUUUAUCCUGUUAGCGAAGAUGUUCUUAAGCACACACCGAGGUCCGAUCUUGUUCAAAUUAUGAACGGUGCUUUUGACUUGGUAGAGUACGAGGCGUGGCUUGGGGAGAACAGUGAGGACAUUUUAGUCAUCGCAUCUCGGCAGGAAAAGGCCAUUUCUAGCGCAUCGUUUUUGGAAGAGCUGCUUCUGCCGUACCAAGUCGAUUCUAUUCCAAACAGCCAGCAUCCAGGCCUUUCGGAUGUCUCAGGUGAGCGAGUCAAGGCGACGAUGCCAGGGCGUUGUUACAACGUGACGGUGAAGGAAGGGCAAACUGUUGAGAAGGGAGAAAUCGUUUUGUGUGUCGAGUCCAGCAAGAUGGAAGUGGAAAUUUGUAGCCCUGUUAGUGGGAAGUGUCUGGCGGUGAUGGUGAAAUCGGGCGAUCUGAUUCAUGCGGGAGAUGACUUGAUCGUCGUUGAAGUAUGA